AUGGCGCAAAGUGCAGCAGCACACCUGCUGAUGGCGAUGCCUGUGCGGGCUCACGUUCACCCUGGAGAGAGCCAAGUCUGUCUUCCGUGCUUCAAUCGAUUCUCUCUGUAUUCAUUAUCGGCAACCUCAAGAAGCCUCGUGGUGGUCACUAGCAGCGGUCCUGUCCAAGGCAAGCGCCUCACAACAUCCUCUGGCAUGGUGACGGCUUUUCUGGGCAUCCCUUAUGCUGAACCUCCUGUGGGAAGCCUGCGGUUUCAAAAGCCUCGUCCUCACCAGCCUUGGAGCCACAUCCUGGAGGCUACCAGCUUUGGCAGCUCCUGCUACCAGCAGAGUUUAGGCCCUUCCAGCUACAAUCAAGAACUAUAUUCAGAGUCAGACUCCACCUUGCCACUCUCUGAGGACUGCCUUUUCCUCAACAUUUGGGUUCCUCAUCCUCGGCCUUCUGCCCCAGCCUCAGUUCUGGUCUGGAUCCAUGGAGGUGGCUUCUACAGUGGGAGUGGUGCCCUCGACAGAAGCUUCUUGGCUGCUACUGAGAAUAUCAUUGUGGCUUCUAUGAACUACCGUCUAAGUGCCUUGGGCUUUCUCUCACUGCUCCCAGAUGCUCCAGGGAAUAUUGGCUUGUGGGACCAACAUCUGGCAUUGAGCUGGCUGAAGGAGAACAUGGCUGCCUUUGGCGGGGAUCCGGCUCACAUAACCCUGGGUGGUCAAAGCGCUGGGGCUGCAUCUGUCGGCUUUCAUCUUCUCUCUCCAGUGAGCCAGGAUUUCUUUGCUCAGGCCACCUUGCAAAGUGGAGCCUCCAUUUCCCCCUGGGCUUGGGUGAGCCCUGAAGAGGCCGAGGUGAGAGGGAGGAACCUGGGCCACAUACUUGGCUGCAGCGGGAACAGCAACAGAAUCAUUGUGAGCUGUCUGCAGAGGAAAAAACCAGGAGAGAUUAUGCAGAAAUUGCCUCUCUUAAGUCAGAAGAUGUUGUUGGAUACUGUCUUUGUGCCAACGACAGAUGGGGAAUUCCUCCCAGAUGCUCCCCGGAAACUUCUGGAUGCGGGGAGUUUUCCAGUUAAACCUGUCCUGACUGGCUUCACUUCCACGGAGGGUUCCCUGUUUCUCUCAUCUAGCGCUCCUGGUUUUAGCUUAUACAACAACAGUCUGAUCAACCACCAGCAACUACUGGAAGGCCUCCGUCUCUUGCUUCCGGAUGCUUCUGAUGGCACAAUUGAGAUGGCCGACAUCAUCUAUAAUCAGGGGGAGCAAGGGGAGGCGCGGCAUCGAAAUGCUUUGAUCAGAGCUUCAGGGGACUAUCUCUUCUUGUGCCCAGUGGCUGUGGUGGCUGGCGCAAUGGCAGACUCUGGGAGCCCGGUUUUUGCGUACUUUUUCAGGCACCGCCCCUCCUUCACAUCUGUUGUAGCUGACUGGAUUGGGGUGCCCCACUGUGCUGAGCUGCCCUACAUGUUUGGUGACCUGCUGUCUGGGGCAGGUGGCAACGUCACAUACCAACCAGUUGAAGUCAAAUUGAGCCAAAGGGUUAUGCGGUAUUGGGGAGAGUUUGUAAAGACCGGGUUCCCUGAUGGGGAAAAAGGAAGGUUGUGGCCUGUUUAUACAGGGGAAAGUUUCUUCCAGAUUAGCACACUUCCCGCUCAAGAUGAGGACAUACCCACUGGUUACUGCAUCUUCUGGGAGAUGUUGGCCACUGGGGAUCCUAAAGCUCAUCUGCAAAUAGGCCCUGUUCCAUCAGACCAGUAAGCUCACCAGAUA